CCCAGCAACAUUGCUCAAAAAGUUGCCCAGUGUAUCAUCACCUUAAGAGUAAAAAUUCCAUCAUUCUAAGAAUUUUGACACACUUAAGACUAAAAUUUUACUCUAAACGGCUUUAUACAUACAGCCCCAGAUGAAUAAAGUUGUUAGUCACAUUGAUUCAAAACCAUCCACCAACAUGCUUAUAUACAUAUAUAUAUAUAUAGUUGAUUGGAAACACAAACCUACAUUUUAUGUGAGAACACUGAAGAACUCAAUUCUCAUAGAAAGUGACAAAAGCAUGAAGAAAAUAAAAAAGCCACAGGAUUUUGAUAGCAUCAGUUAAACCAACACAUCUGAAAAUCGCUGACUCUGACCUCAUGGUUGAUUUAUACGGAAGUUUCAGUACCACCAAGCUUAGUGUCUCACCAGUGCAAAGAUGAAACAAUAAUGACACACCGAUUGAGCUCAGACAUCAGACAAGCAUCUGCUAGAUCAGAGUCAGGUUAAAGUGUAGGAAACACUCCCUUCUCUCUCAGUUUUUCAUCAUCCACCAGCUGAAACAGUGUUAACCACACAUGCUCUCAGAUCUCUGAGUCAACCCAUGCCAGCUGACUAAAGCCUCAAAAGAAGAUUAUCAAUGUCUGACAAACUGCUGAUGAAUGACUCCUCAAGCUCCAACAACACGACCAUCUACCCCAGCGAUGGCAUGCGCAUUCUGCAGAUGAUCGUGACCGUGAUGAUCUUCAUCGUGGGUGUUUCUCUAAACGGUCUGGUGGUCUGGGCGUUGGGGGUUCGAGUUUGGUGCCGCAAUAAGGGAUCAUCCAGUGAUACGCAGAGCGCCGACAGCUUCCGGAUCUAUGUAGUAAACCUGGCACUUGCAGACUUGGUGCUGCUGUUACGCACACCACUAAUGCUGCCGUACCUGGUGAACCACUUCACUUGGACAUUGGGGGAAACCGCAUGUAAGCUGGUCAUUUACCUGCGCUGCCUCGGAUUGUACGCGAGCGCGUUUUUGCUGUGCGCCGUCGCAGUGGAGCGCUGCUUGUGUCUCCUUAGACCAGUCUGGGCACGAAUGAAGCGCCCUCGUUGGGCCGUGCCGUCGGCCUGCGCUGCAAUCUGGGUGUUGGCAGCAGUCUUCGCUUCACCCUACAUUGGCACAUCCAAAAUCAUUCUCUGGCAGAACCGUACAGCCUGCAUAGAAAGUGAUAUGGGAGUAGGACAUGCCUUAAUAGUAGUGGAAACCUUGGCAGGAUUCUUGCUACCGCUGGUGAUCUUCUUGUCGUGCAAUAUCGCUGUGAUUUUUUGCGCAAAGAAGGCCGAAAGUGCAAUGACUUCACCUACCUCGUCAGGACCAGGUUACACAACCCAGAGGCUGACCCGUCUCUACCGGGUCCUCUUUCUCACCAUGCUCCUCUUCCUAACCUGCUGGGUGCCUUACUUCACCUGCCGCUUCUUAAGGGCUCUCUCACAUGACAAUCCGAAGCUCAAAGAAAGAGUGAUUGCAGGCGCUUACGUGGCGCUAUUUCUAGUUUACAUUAAGAGCGCGCUCAACCCCAUUAUGUACGUGUUCGCAGCUCGUGGACUCGGCCGCACCAUUCGUGCCUCACUUCUCUCGACAAUCGAGCGAGUCUUCAAUGAUGAAUUAUCUGAGUCUUUGCGAAGAAAGUCCUUGCGAAGGAGAGACUCUCAGUUUUAG